AUGCGCGCAGUAGUUGAACAGUAUAGCGACAGUGACCAGAUCCCGCCAAUCCGUAUUGUGCUUGUGCGUGGCGACGAGGAUCUCACCAUCAAGAUCGCUGAUGAGGGCGGAGGUAUCCCACGGAGCGACAUGCCCCACGUGUUCACUUACUUGUAUACGACAGCGAAGCUACCGGAUUCGCUCAGUGAGGACGCGUACAACACCGAUAUCAAUCACGCUCCGCUGGCAGGGUUUGGAUAUGGUCUGCCCCUAAGUCGACUG